AUGAAUAACGCACGGUAUGGUCACACAGCAUCGAUCCUAUUCGAUGGAUCUGUCUUAGUUGUUGGUGGCUCUAAUUCCAAUGGUUAUCUCAAUACUUCGGAGUUAUACAAUCCGUCGACAGGCGUUUGGACUUUGACGAGACAGUUCAAUGUUGGACGAGAAGACCAUACAGCGUCGGUACUAUCCAAUGGACAAGUACUUAUUGUCGGUGGAUAUAAUCUGAAUGGUGCUAUGGUGAAUGUUAAUUUGUAUGAUCCAUUGGCGAAUAUUUGGACAACUGGUAAACGUUUGAAUAUCGCACGAGAAGAUCAUCGAUCAGUUACAUUGGUUAAUGGAGCAGUCUUAGCUAUCGGUGGACGCAAUACUGUUGCGUUGAGUUCUUCUGAAUUAUACGAUCCAUUAACAGACACUUGGACAUUUACAGGCAGUUUGAAUAACGCACGAGACGAUCACACAGCAUCAGUUUUAAACAACGGAAAAGUUUUAGUUGCUGGUGGGAUGGAUGUGAAUGUUCUUAAGAGUGCAGAGAUAUACGAUCCAUCGACAAACAUAUGGACAUUGACAGGAAAUCUAAAAAUGGCACGAAGUCACUAUACCGCGACGGUCUUGUUCAACGGAAACGUGCUAGUCGUCGGUGGAUUUGGAGGUAGUAGUGCUUUGAAUAGUGCUGAAUUGUAUGAUCCAUCCACCGGUACGUGGACAUUAACUGGAAAUCUGAUUAAUGCGCGUUAUGGUCACUCGGCAUGCAUCUUAGCAAAUGGAAACAUUCUAGUGGUUGGUGGAUAUGAUGGAACUGCGUAUUUAAAAGCUGCUGAAUUAUACAAUCGAUUAUCGGGUACUUGGACAAGCAUAGUAGAACGGAAAAUUACUUGUUACUGGAGGUCAGAGUCAGAAUAG